AUGGAGAAACUUCAGGCUUUAACACUAGAACAAGCUGAUGACUUUGGAUGGACUCCUCUUCACUAUGCCGCACAUAUUGGCAACGAGGUGCUUGCUGAACGAUUUUUGAACAAAGAUAGGAAGAGCCUUCCUUUCUCUAGGAACAAAGAAGGCAUGUCUGCCCUUCACAUUGCAGCAAAGAAAGGACAUGGUGCUGUCAUUAGAGUGCUGAUGGAAAGUUGUCCAGAAGUUUGUGAGUUGUUGGAUAAGCACGGUCGGACAGCUCUUCAUAUUGCGGUGGAAAGUAGCGAGGAAAUGGUGGUGAAAUUUUUCCUAGAAUGGGCCAUGGCAUUUCAGGAUCUUAUAAAUCUGAAAGACAAUGAAGGAAAUACAGCUUUGCAUGUAGCCGCUACUGUAGGAGAUUUCCAUAUUUUAAGAAUUCUUACAAAUGACUCAAGAAUUGACAAGGGAGCUACAAACAAGGACAAAAAGACAUUUGUUGACAUAAUUCUAUCAAAAAAGAAGCUAAAGGAUGCUGAAAUUUUGAAGAUCAUGAUGAGUUUGGAGAUAGAAAUUGUUUUACCACCACGUUCUGAACAGAAAGUGGACACAAGAAAAACGAAUGAAGCUGAGAGUAAGGAAAAGAAAAAAGAUGAAAUACAAGUUGAAGAAAACGAAGAAGCCGACUGGAAACAGCUUGAAAAGAUGGUAAUGGUAUCAUCAGACAAGAAGAAGCUGUAUAAAAAUGAAGAACAUUUUGGAAAUAUGGUGAAGGAUUUCUCCAAUGUCAAUUUACUGGUAUCAUCAAUAAUAGCUGCCGCCACUUUUGUGGCCCCUUUCACAAUGCCCGGUGGUUACAACGACCAAGGGCUACCAGUUCUCUACCAAAGUGAAGCAUUCAAAUGGUUUCUAUUUUAUGAUCAAUUGGCUUUUGUUGUAUCUUCUAUUUCCUUGUUGUUCCACCUUUUUCUCGUGGUUUGUGGAAGAAUAUUGGCAGUUAUUAUACUCCCAGUUGUUUGGACAGUAUAUGUUACAGAGAUCUCACUUUGCAUGAUGAUUCUUGCUUUCGAGCAAGGUAUAAAGACAGUCAUCCCUAGAACAGAAAACCACAACAUCUUCAAGGUCGACUAUUAUGUUCCUGGCAAUGGUAUUACCAACUUGUCUACAGGCGUCCUCUUCUUGCUUUUUUUUCCUUUUAUGUUACUGCUCGUGUUACUAGCAAAAGCCAGAAGAUUUGAGCCUCGCAACAGUGUCAGAAGUCGUUUUGGACUCUGGAGUUGA